AGCAAAAGGUGAAAAUUAUGAUCUUUCUCUCCCAGUGUCAGUGGAAGCUGAUGGAGAAUCGAGCUCUGGAUCCAGGGACUCGGGACUCCUAUGGUGCCAACAGCAGUGCUGACCGGCCCCUGCUCACACCCUGGUUCUGCCGACGCUGCAUCUUCGCACUGGCUGUGCGGAAAGGCGGCGCGCUGAAGAAGGGCGCCAUCGCCAGGACGCUGCAGGCGGUGAAGAUGGUGCUGUCCUACCAGCCAGAGGAUCUCGAGUGGGACUCGCCCCACCGCACCAAUCAGCAGCAAUGCUACUGCUACUGCGGCGGCCCCGGAGAAUGGUACCUGCGGAUGCUGCAAUGUUACCGGUGCAGGCAGUGGUUCCACGAGGCCUGCACCCAGUGCCUCAAUGAGCCCAUGAUGUUUGGAGACCGGUUCUACCUGUUCUUCUGCUCCGUGUGCAACCAGGGCCCAGAGUACAUCGAGAGGCUGCCCCUGCGAUGGGUGGACGUGGUUCACCUGGCCCUCUAUAACCUGGGGGUGCAGAGCAAGAAGAAGUACUUUGACUUUGAGGAGAUCCUGGCUUUUGUCAACCACCAUUGGGAGCUCCUACAGCUUGGCAAGCUCACCAGCACUCCAGUGACAGAUCGAGGACCACAUCUCCUCAACGCUCUCAACAGUUACAAAAGCCGGUUCCUCUGCGGCAAGGAGAUCAAGAAGAAGAAGUGCAUCUUUCGCCUGCGCAUCCGCGUCCCACCCAACCCGCCAGGGAAGCUGCUGCCAGACAAGGGACUGAUGCCAAAUGAGAGCAGCGCCUCCUCUGAGCUGCGUAAGAGAGGAAAGAGCAAGCCUGGUUUGUUGCCUCACGAAUCCCAGCAGCAGAAAAGGCGAGUUUAUAGAAGAAAAAGGUCAAAGUUUUUGCUGGAAGAUGCUAUUCCCAGUAGUGACUUCACCUCUGCCUGGAGCACCAACCACCACCUUGCCAGCAUAUUUGACUUCACACUGGAUGAAAUUCAGAGUUUAAAGAGUGCAAGUUCAGGCCAGACAUUCUUCUCAGAUGUGGACUCCACAGAUGCCGCCAGUACCUCUGGCUCCGCCUCCACCAGCCUCUCCUAUGACUCCAGACGGACAGUGGGCAGCCGCAAGAGGAAGCUGGCAGCCAAAGCAUACAUGCCACUGCGGGCAAAGCGGCGGGCAGCUGAGCUGGGUGGACACUGCCCCUCGGACAGCAGUGCAGAGGGGGCUUCAGGCCCUGAGCGUCCAGAAGAAGGCAUUGACAGUCACACGUUUGAGAGCAUCAGUGAAGAUGACUCAUCCUUGUCUCACCUCAAGUCAUCUAUUACUAACUACUUCGGUGCAGCUGGGCGGCUGGCCUGUGGGGAGAAGUACCAGGUGCUGGCUAGGAGAGUCACACCUGAGGGCAAGGUUCAGUACCUGGUGGAGUGGGAAGGGACUACCCCUUACUGAGUAGCUUUCAGGGGAGGCCAGGAGCCCUGAAAACCAAAGGAGGGACAGCAGAAGCCAUAGGCUCCCAUUUUUUCCAGGCUGGGGUGGGAGAGGGAAGCAGAACAGGGCUCCAAGUUCCUGGCAAAAGGCCCUGUCUGUCUCCUUAUCAGGCCAAGGCCAACAAGGCCUGUGCCUUUCUGCUGUGCCAGUUCUGUUCUAGGGCCUCCUCAGACCCAUCACCCCGUGCCUAUGUCCCUAAGGUCCCACUAGCUGUUUUUCAGUGUCUCUACACUCCAUACCUCCACUCUGUUCAUGUGUUCCCCUGAAUUUGGGUCUCCCUGGCUCUGACCCUUUCUUCUAAGGCCUAAAUCGUUGCCACCAGCUGUCCCUUAACCUCUGCCCCCCUUUUGGGUGUAUUUAUACAUUCUAUGUCCACACUGCCCCUCCAUUGGGUAUCUUUCACACCCGACCAUGGGGCAGCCAGUCCUUCCAGGGACUACAUGAUGAGGACAGGAACCUUUGAGAGAGAAUGGGCAGAGAUGGGUAAGAGGCUACCUCCCAGAUCUUUUCUCUCCCACAUUCCUGCCACUGCUCUUGGAGAGAGGUAGUGGUGGGUGGAAGAAGGCCCCUCUGAACACAGUGUCACCAGGGCCCAGUAGCUGGGCUGAGAGUGAAGGCUGCAGGUAUUGGUGUGGAGGUUCCAGAUUCCUGUUUGCUGGCCACACUCCCUCUGUUGCCGUGGAGCUGGGCCUGGCCUUGCUGGAGUUGGAGUGGAGGCAGGAAGGAGGGCAGCCAAGUUGUGCUACACCCCAGACUGAUUCUGCUGUCUCCUGCCCCCAGACCCACAACACACACAGGCAGACAACACACAUCCACUCACAUUUAAGUUUCCACACACGCCUCCAAACCACCACACAUGCACACAUGUAGCCACAGAUUCCCUGUGGGGCCAACCUGGCUCUCUCACUUCGCUUUUUCCUUGGCCCUCUGCCAGGGCCCACGUGUUGCAACUCAGUGUGAAAGCUCAGAUCC